CGUGGAAUGAAUUCUGGAUUGCCUCGGAUUACCCGCUGUCGGCUUCUACGAGUGCAAUCAUGUUCUUUCAUGGUGAUGCGUGCGACGUUGUCUCGGGCUUAUUCGCGAUUACACCAGCGGCUAUGCGCUUCGUAGCCAACAGACAUCCUACUCUCUCGGUGAGUGGCUUUCGACGUCUAAGUUUGCCAUCACGUUCGUAUGCUUGUACUGAACUUCCCGUCCUUCUGCUUCUCAUCCAUCCUACUCUCAUCCGUCGUAACGAUGCUCCCCGGAUACGCCGUCACGGCAUCCGUAGUUGAGAUUCUCACAAAGAACGUCGUAGCAGGCGCAGCGAGAUUAUGCAAUACCACCGUGUAUGAAGCAGCCAUGGCGUAUGGCCUUACCGCGGGACAUCUACUCUAUCACGCGAUGAUUGGUGCCGGGUUCGAAAGACGGCCGAGCCAGGCUUCGCAAGAACGAAUCUGUGGGAGUCAGCAGAGUAUCACCGUCAGCAAUUUUUGGCUGCUUCUAUGCGUGCCGGUGUACACAUCGUUUUGCGCAAUGUAUACUUGAAGGUGGAAUAUUAGCGUCAACGUGGUCUCCAAGACAAUGAAUCGUCCUGACAUCU